AAAUGUCCUUUUUGGAAGCAAGAUAACCAACCUGAGCGCACGUGCUACCUGCCUUCUUCUAAUCCAAUCUGAUGUUCGACAAUUGACGCUCCGCGCCCUGAGAGCACCGCGCCUGCAGUUCAAUGACACCUCUACCUGGUCAAUCCGACAGAAGCAACGUUUCUUUUCUUUCCGGAUCGCUGCAAUAUAAUUAAAACAUGUAUCGGUAAUUAUUUAACCUGCACGAUCUGCUGAACGAGGACUAGGAGGAUGGAUUAAAGGAGGAGAAAAGCGAACAUGAAAGCUCCUUUGCCAUGUCUAAGACAGCGGUGAAGAAGCUGCACUGGCGUUCCAGGGUGCAGGACAGCUUCGUCCCCUUGCUGGACUCGUCGGGGGAGCUGGGUAUCGCCAUUGGCGGAGGAGCAGACUAUGGAGAGUUUCCUUUUGUCACGUCGGCUCCAGGAGGUGGAAUCACAGUGGGGGAUGUCAUCCUAGAGAUUGGGGGAACACCGGUAUUGGGAAUGACAUUAGGAGAUGUCCGUGGUGUCCUCAACUCCUGCCCUCAUCCAAUCCGCAUCAAAACUGUGUCACCAGGCUCCACAUUGUGCAAGGAUCUCAGGUUGUAUCUGAGCAAAUGUUUCACGCCCAGCUCGCUGGACAGCCAACUUCAGCAGGUCAUCCGAGAGAACCUCUACCUCCGCGCUGUACCUUGUACAACCAGACAGCCUAGAGAUGGGGAAAUCGCAGGUGUAGACUACAACUUUGUCACCAUUGAGGAGUUCUUCUCCUUGGAGGAGUUGGGAGCACUUCUGGAGAGUGGAAAGUCCAAAGGUAAUUACUACGGCACACCUCGGCCCCUUCACAUCAGUGCAGAGAGCCCCCCCAUCACCUAUCAGGAACAUCGCAACCUGCUCAGAAACUUCCGCACACGCAGCAAAUCACUCAGCAACCUAGAGAAGGCAGCAGAGGACGGCGAGAACAGUGAGGAAGACUCAGGUCUGUCAGGAGGCUCUGCAGGUGUUAGCAGCAGCAUUCCUACUAGCCAUCGGUCCCCCGGGCGGCCUCGGGCGUCCAGCAGCGGGGAUGGUCGUGUUCUAGAGAACGGGAUCAUCGGCAGCAGAAGCGGUGCCAGGGUGAGAGGUGUGAUGCCUGAUCACUGGGAGCAGGCCUUCAGUGACACAGGAGAGUCUCACUACAUAGAUCGCAACCCCAAGAGGAGCAACUGGCGGAGUCCUCGAGGCUCAAGCCGGGAGACCGUCUACAAAUAUGAGUGGUUCACGGACCAGCCUGGGGAGCUCAGGGGUUUCCCUGUGCACACGCACUUGAUCAAGGGCUCCAGGGGGUUUGGUUUCAAUAUUGUCGGGGGCAGCAGGCCAAGAGAGUUCCUCCAGGUCUACAGUGUGACUGAAAGUGGACCCUCAGCACUCAAAACAGCGGACAUCCUGGUGUACAUCAAUGACGUUUGUGUGUUGGGAGUGUCUCACAAAGAGGUGGUAGAGAUGCUGAAGUCGGUCCCUGUGGGCCACAGUGUGGACGUAGAGGUUAGAAGAGGGUAUCCCAUGCUCUACACCCCUGAUGGUUGUCCCAAGCAGCCGCCGCCAACGCUACUGGACAGCGGGGACCCAAUACGACCACCCACCACCACCCAGCCGCAGCCUCUUCACCAACUACCUCGCCUCCCGACACCCACUCCCCCCACCUAUCACUUUAACUAUAACGGGGUCCACGGUGACAGGAGCUACAUGGAACCAGGGGUGACUCUAGACGCCAAUGGAAAUGCCAUGUCUUUUGCUACCAAACAGUCGCCCUUAUACAGACGCUCCAGUAUGAGCAACUCUGCCUCUCCCCUGCCUGUGCGUCCUCCCCGUUCACUGAGAAGUUUGGCCAGGCUGCAGUCUUUUGACCCAACGCUCGCCAGCCAGAGUGACAGUGAAGUUGUUUCUGCUGUUGGUUCACACAGGGCAUCAAUGGGCCGUAAUCACAACAACAACUCCCUCUCAGCGCCCCCUCAUCCUUAUCGUUUCGGCACGUUGAAGUCGUCUGAGAGUGACCUGUCCACCUGCACCCUGUCGGGGUCCCGGCUUCCCCUGCCUCAGUCACCGAGGAGGCCCUCCUCCUCCCCCGGGGGCCCCCACAGCGCUCACUCCCGCCUCUUCAGACCGCAUACCUCCCACCUCAGACCCCCUCCCACCCCCGACAGCCCCCGCCAUUACCACGGCUUCAACAGUUUCCAUGCCAACACCAGCCCCACUGCGAGUCCCAGCAGUGUGUCCUCCCCUGGGGCGAUGAGUGUGUGCAAUGGAGUUGGCAGUUUCAGCGGAGGGGAGCUGGUGCCAGUGGCCUUGGCCCAGACCGAAGGAGACCAAGGACUCGGCUUCAGUGUGACAGCUGGCAGUGCAGGAGGCAGGAUGACGAUAGUGGAAAGAGUCUGGGACAGGAAGCAGUGCAACUCCCUGCAGCCAGGGGAUGCUAUUGUCAAAAUCAACGGAGCAGAUGUUCAGAGUCUUAGUUUUGCACAGGUACAAACCGUUCUCCAGGAACACACCAAACAGGCAGAAGUCAUCUUGUUGAUUUACAGAGGAGGCAUCUAUCAUCCAACCAUCUCCCCCGGCUCUAAUCGGAGACUCCCCCCGCCUCUCCUCCACCCCCCUCCUCCACCUGUUGGUUCGGACAUCUCCUUUGUGCUGCCAGAAGUGCUGCAUGUGCCCCGUACCUCCAUCAGCAACCCUCCCUCCCCAGCCCCGAUGCGCUCCCCGCUAGUCCAGAGCACCAGUUUCCUGGAGUCGAUUCCAGUGACCCUGACAAUGGAACCCAAAGACUGGAUGAACACCGGCCUGGAGGACGAGGCGGGCGGUGUCACAGGGCCUGACUCAGGUCUGGAGAGGCAGGGCGGUGAACAAACUCGGCCGCUCCGAGGGUUUGACGUGGAGCUGAGGAGGAAGCCAGGAGAGGGCUUUGGGUUCGUCAUCGCCUCUCAGGACGUGGACAAUGUAAAAGCGGCUUCGCUUCUCCCUCACCGGUUUGUGACGGUACGUCGAGGCAGCCCGGCGGCCAAGAGUGGUCAGAUCCGGACUGGAGACCGACUAGAGGCAGUGGAGGGACGCCCGGUGGUGACUCUGCCUCAUCGGGAACUUGCUCAGAUCCUUCGUCGAGCGGGAAACACUCUGCGCCUCACCAUUGUCCCCCGUCCCAGCACCCAUUCCUCAAGCCUUUCAGAAACCACUGAGUUUGACUCCAGUCACAAAAGAAAGGGUCAGAGGUCCCGUCCAAAGCGUGACUCCAGGUAUUACAGUGUAGACCUGGAUCGUGGCCCGUCCGGCUUCGGCUUCAGCCUCAGAGGGGGCAGCGAGUACAACAUGGGUCUCUACGUCCUGGGACUGAUGGAGGGGGGCCCGGCCUCACGGAGCAUAAAAAUACAGGUCAGCGAUCAGCUGGUGGAGAUCAAUGGGGACAGUACAGCAGGGAUUACCCACAGCCAGGCGGUGGAGCAGAUCCGCAGAGGAGGUCACCGCAUCCACCUGGUCCUCAAGAGAGGAAACGGCUACGUGCCCGACUAUGGCCGUGAGCACAGAAUCACCUCCCCCUCCCUCCUGCAUAACCCCAAGGAGCAGGGUUUGGCUGCAGUAGACUCCACCGGGCGGAAGGGGCACAGCUCCAAGAAGAAGAAGAGGAGAAGCAGGUCUUCAAAUGGACUCGAAAAGGAGAAAGUGUCGGGAAGGAGCAGGCGAAGACGGGGCUCAGAGGGAAGAGGUCGCUCUGGUUUACAAAGCCCCGUCUCUGAGCUGGGAGAGAGGGCUCAGGAAGCCAGGGACAAGAGGAGGAGGAGAAAAAUAGGGUCUCAGAGUUUACCCAGAGGUGCCCUCAGAAAUCAUGAUGAUAGUGACACAGACAGAGGGACAGUGAGGGGAAGGAAAAGAGAGAGGAAGAGACGGCGGAGCAAGAGCAGAGAGAGGAAAAGUAAAAGUGAGGAGAGGGUGAGGAAGACAGAGGGUGAAGAGCCUGAGGAGGAAGAGCAGGGGGUGCCUGCUGUUGAGGAGAAGGUGGAAGAAAAGGUGGAGGAGGUUGAAGAGGUGGAGGAGAGAGUCAGUUCAGAGAGAGACGAGAGUGAAGACGACGUUAUCUUACCCAUUCCAAGUCCGAACCAAAAGAUUCCCAGACCCAAACAAAACUCGGAGGUGGAGGGCGAAGAAAACUGGGGCAUAGCAGCAGAGUACAGGGAACUGUGGAAAGAGACGGAGCAGGAGAGGCCAUGGGAUGAUGACAGGGGUGAAAGUAGAGAGACAGAACUGAAUGAGGAUCAGAAAGACGAUGAUGCACGGAGCUGGCGUAUCGAGAAGCCUGCUGUGGUAGAUCCGGUGUCAGAGAGAAAGUCCUUCUCCUUCCUCACCUCCACACUGUCCACAGAGCAGCUGUGGGAUGAUGAGUCAGAGUCUGGAGGCAGUCAAUCUGACGGCAGCGUGUCUGCUGCCAGCAUCUCAGGCCUCUCUCUGGCCGCCACAGAAGCCGGCGGGCGCAGGGCCGAGGUGCUCCCGGGCCCUUGGCUCACACCCGGCCAGCGGAGGGUGGCUCCGGUCGCGGAGGGGAACAGGAGCCCCGUGAGGCGGACAGGGCAGGGAGGAGGGAGGAGCGCUGUCUCUUGACUUUUAACAGGAAGGAGAGCAUGCAGCAGCUGAAUGAUACAGUAACAGAUUCUAUCAGUCUCACGCUGUUCGGCCUCGACUUGUUUUUCUGCAGCUACCCACACUACCAACAUUUACUCUCAGUCACUUUGAUAUCUACAGUAGUAUGAAGUCAUAUUCUUUGUGCCUUUUUACAGCUGACCUCUGGCUGAUAUUAAAUGUCGAUCACAUUUUAACUUGUAAAUGACACCAACAUGGUAAAGUUACGUCUGUUCUGCUGGUGAAACAACAUUAACAUUGUCUUUCUUCCUUUGUCUAAGGCACUGUCGCCCUCAUUAUGUUUCACUCCUCUCAGCAUUUUGUUAUAGAUGUUUCCAUGAUGACAAGGUAUUUCAUACACCUUGUUUAAACCUACUUCCCCUCUCUCACUCUCUCUCUGCAUCUGUCUUCACUGUACUUUAGCAGAGUAAUCCUCUCUGAAGUACCACCCCUACUGUACAAAGACUGCAUAGACAUUCACUUAUACCUCAUGAAGAUAAUAACAGCAAUAAUAAUGCAACUGACUUAGACUAUCAGCCGUACAUUUCCACUGCACCACGUCGAUCUGGGAGGAAACGGUGUGACAUGCUUGUACAAUAUCCUCUUUGUCUUAUGUGGACACCUGCGUCAAGUUGUGACGUUCAAUGUAACUGAAUAUUUGAUUGUGUUAAUGCAAAUCCCUUUUGACAGCAGGUGUCAAAUCUAUAUUCUGUAAAUAUUUGUACAGAAAUAAAUAACAGAUCCUAUUGUAAAUACUAUACUAACUGGAGCCCUGAUUUGUAUUACUGUAUUGUAAUACAUCAUAGACUCAUCAUAAGAC